CUGCAGUGGACAGGGUUUAGAGGAGCUGUUGUUUAAAAAAGAAGGAGGCUAAGAAGCAUUACUUUAUAGGUGCUUAGAACAGCUGCUGUGGACAAGUGGUGGAGGCAUGGGCACUGCUGUUCUGCUGGGGGUUAUUUGAAGAAUCCGCUUCAGGACACACCCAUCUGCGGCUUUCUUCUUCUAGAAAUACAAAAGUCACUGCUUGUUGGUCGACACGAGCUUUACCUCUGAGAUUUCAGUGUUUUUGGAGAGGUCAUCUUAGUUCAGCAGUAGCACAGUGUUAAGAAGCGGUGGAGAUAUGUCACCUUUUCUGCGGAUUGGAUUUUCGAACUUUGAGAUUGACCCUGGUCUGGCCUAUCAUGAGGAGGUGCUCAACCCGUAUUGUGCCGUUUAUAUGAAGGAGCCCAUGGACACAGAAAAAGGCCAGGUCUACAAACAGAAGAAGCCCACAAUGUAUCCUCCUUGGAACACCACAUUUGAUGCUCACGUCCAUCGCGGGAGGAUCAUGCACGUCAUGGUGAAAGACCGAACAGCGGAGCUCAAGUCUGAGGCCACCGUGCCUCUGGACACUCUGGCGACGCGCUGCAAGAAGGAGAAUGGCAAACUGGAGAUGUGGCUGGAACUGAAACCACAGGGACGGGUGCGGAUGGAGGCCAGAUACUUUUUGGAAAAAAGUGACACAGCUGGUGCUGCUGAGGGAGACUCUGAUGCUGAGCGGGAGCGGGAAGGUCUCUUUGCUCUCCACCAGAGACGAGGGGCCAUCAAACAGGCCAAAAUACACCUGGUGAAGUGCCACGAGUUCAGUGCCACCUUUUUCCCCCAGCCCACCUUCUGCUCCGUCUGCAAAGAGUUCGUCUGGGGUCUCAACAAGCAGGGCUAUCAGUGCAGGCAGUGUAAUGCAGCAAUCCACAAAAAAUGCAUUGACAAAGUUAUUGCCAAGUGCACUGGUUCAGCAAUUAAUAGUAAAGAAACUAUGAUUCAUAAGGAGCGCUUUAAAAUCGACAUGCCGCACAGGUUCAAAGUGUACAACUACAAGAGCCCCACCUUCUGUGAGCACUGUGGCACGCUGCUGUGGGGGCUGGCCAGGCAGGGGCUCAAAUGUGAGGAAUGCAGUAUGAAUGUCCAUCAUAAAUGUCAGAAGAAAGUAGCCAACCUCUGUGGGGUCAACCAGAAACUAAUGGCUGAAGCACUGGCCAUGAUUGAAACUAAACAGCAGCAAGCUAAGACAUCCAGAGAGUCUGAAAUCAUCGGUCGAGAGGGUCCUGUCAUUAUCGGCCAGCCCGGAGUGGUCCGAGCUCCAUCAGGGAUUAUUAUGGGAUUACCAGCAGUUGCUAUACCUAAUAGAGCAGAGCAGCAGGGUAUUUCUUGGGAGGGUCCCACAGGCGCAUCACCCAUAAAAGAGGAACACAAAGAGGAACACGAAGAGCCCCUCUACGCUGUUCCCAGGAAAAAUCAUUUGACCAAAUUCAACAUUGAUGACUUUGUCCUGCAUAAGAUGCUCGGAAAGGGGAGCUUCGGCAAGGUGUUUUUAGCAGAGCUGAAGAGGAGUGGGCAGUUCUUCGCGGUGAAGGCUCUUAAAAAAGACGUAGUGCUAAUGGAUGAUGAUGUAGAGUGCACCAUGGUGGAGAGGAGGGUCCUAUCUUUAGCCUGGGAAAAUCCAUUCCUCACACACCUCUACUGCACCUUUCAGACUAAGGAGAAUUUAUUCUUUGUCAUGGAAUAUCUAAAUGGAGGAGAUCUUAUGUUCCACAUCCAAAGCUGCCACAAAUUUGAUUUGUACAGAUCUACAUUUUAUGGAGCUGAGAUUAUCUGUGGGCUCCAGUUUCUCCACUCUAAAGGCAUUAUUUACAGGGAUCUGAAGUUGGAUAAUGUGCUGCUAGACUCUGAAGGACAUAUAAAGAUAGCAGACUUUGGCAUGUGUAAGGAAAACAUGCUCGAGGAUUCAAGGACGGCUACGUUUUGUGGUACUCCAGACUACAUUGCUCCAGAGAUCUUGCUGGGUCAGAAGUACAACAUCUCAGUGGACUGGUGGUCGUUUGGGGUGCUCCUGUACGAGAUGCUAAUUGGUCAGUCUCCAUUUCAUGGGCGUGAUGAAGAGGAGCUGUUUCAGUCCAUAAGAACAGACAACCCGGUGUAUCCACGCUGGCUCACAAAGGACUCCAAGGACAUUCUAGUCAAGCUGUUUGUGCGGGAGCCAGAGGAGCGCCUUGGAGUCAAAGAAGAUAUUAGGCGGCACAGCUUCUUCAGUGCCAUCAACUGGAAGGCAAUGGAACAACGACAAGUCCCUCCUCCUUUCAAGCCAACCAUAUCAUCGCCUAGUGACUGUAGUAACUUUGACAAAGAGUUUAUCAACGAGAAGCCGAGGUUGUCCUGUGCUGAUCGGACGCUCAUCAACAGUGUGGACCAGACAAUGUUCCAGAACUUUUCUUUUGUCAAUCCAACUAUGGCACACAUCAAUGGACGUUAGCUGAUGUGGAGUGAAACCUCUUUAGCUUCAGUUGUGAUCUUCGAUUUUAAACAAACUCUGUCAAACUGUAACUGAGAGAAAUACUGGACUUUGGUACAACACUUUUAUAGAUACAACACAGAGAAACGUGUUUGAACAUGUGAUUCACUGUACAUGUUUAGGUGAGUAAGUGAAUAUGGUUUUAAUUUGACUCUGCCGCAAGGUAACUCCCCAAAGAAAAUAUGUGACUAUACCCUAUCAUUUGUUACAUUUAUAAUACACAUUGUUUAGGUGAUGAUAAUGAUAGUUUUUUUCUUUUUGUCAGCUUUUUGUUUGUAUUUUAAUUUUUUGUAACAAAUGUGCCUCAAGACAACAUCAAAUAUUUAUCAUGUGGCUGUAAUCCUUGUUUUUCCAUCCUUAGAUUUUAUCAUAAAUUUACAUACCUCAUCUUUUGGUGCAAAAAUGCAUUAAAAUAUUUUACUGUAAAUAAUGCAGAUGCACAAAUGCAUUAUACUUGAAUGUUUUGUUGUUACUGAGAACGGCUUAAUGGUUAGUUUUUUAUUGGUAUUGUGAAUUGUGUCUAAUAAAUAUUUUUUUCUACU